UUUAACAUUAAACAUUAAACAUGUAACAUUUAACAUUUAACAUUAAACAUUAAGACUAUCAGCAGCCAACGCCGCCUUCAGCAGAAGCGUUUACAUGUAAGGUGUGAUGGAGGUCGACGUCCUGGAGUUCAGGGUCCCGGUUGAGGACAACAAGACCCUGUUUGUGUGGAACAUCCAGCCGUCUCACACCGAGGCUCAAAUCCACGUGGGGUUGCUCCGCCUCUUCUCGUCCUUCGGUCCGGUCUACCUGCUGAAGGUGGUUCCUAACUCGGCUCUCGGUCCUGCGGGGUUCUACGCCCUCAUCAGGUUCUACUCUGCUGCUCAGGCCUCACGGGCACAACGGCAGACGGACGGACGGCCGCUGUUCCAGAAGUCUCCUCUCAAGGUGAGGCUGAGCUCCAAACAGACUUCUCACUUCCUGUCUGACAGCAGCAGACCUCUAAGCCACGCCCGCUGCCUGGAACUGGCCAAUCACUGCUUGGGAUUCAACGGCUGGACCUCUGACAUCAUCACACUCAAGGAGCUCACCAACGAAGAAGAAGGGGAGGAGGGGGAGGAGGAGGAAGGUGGAGGCAGACGGAGGAGACUGAAGUUUGGCUGUCUGCUGCAGCUCUCCUUCCCUCAUCACGGACAGAAGACCAGAGCAGCAGCAGUGGUGGAGGACAGCUUCACCUGCACAGGUCCAGAUGUUCUACUGCAGAACCGACGUACACUACAGAGACGGGUCAGAGAGAAAGCUCUGGUCCAGGCCUUCACCACAGUACUACUCGUACUACUAGGAAACGGUAAAGUGAUGGUGGAGCUGAAGCAGACCUCAGAUCAGCUCCCACCUGAGCAGACGGACGGAGUCCUUCAGGUGAACCAGUUUGCUGUUGAUGAUGAAGAGGAGGGUGGUGAUGAAGAGUGGGAUCUGACUGUAUCAUAGACACACAGCUCUGGUGCAUUAUGGGAAACAUCACCACGGUUCACUGUGACGCUUCAUGUUAUGAAUCUUAUU